CAACGACAAGUUCCUUACUUGCUUCCAAUUUUUUCCAGUCAGUCGCUUGAUCCGUAUUCGAAUGUUGGAACUAAGUUACUGUUGAGACGGAAUCGAUUUUGUAACUGAAGCGUAGUCUACAUGGAUAGACCGGUGGCCACACGCCCAGGGAUUGUGUUCCUUGUUCUGGUGAUAAUGCAACCGGACUGUGUCAGAGGUAUCGCAGGUUUCAGUCCAGCAGCGCAGAUAUACUGCAGCAACACCACUUCAUGGUACCUAUUCUCGCCAGAAAAGGUUCAGGUAGUCAACAUGGAAAGCAUUUGCCAAGGUAUGAACGGUUCCGUCAUCGACACUGCUUCGCUCUCAGUCCCCUGCCUCAUCAACCUGCUCGAUCAGCUUACCUCUGAAAUCAAGAACGAGUCAUUCAUAUGCAUCAGGUACUUUGGACCAUUCCUCUCUCAGGCAGGACUAUGCAGUAUAGCUGGGUCGGUUAUCGGCAUUAGCAAUACAGAUGACACAAGAUACCAUCACCUGGUGUGUGAGGCUCGCCAAAAACAGGACUAUCAAGCCUACGUUACCUCGUCGUCGGAACCGACCACUACUCGCAAUGUUGCUGGAGUGCGUUUCCAGCAAAACACAUCAACUGCUUGGGAUGACCGUGGUUCUAACGCCUCCGGAAGGUCAACUGCAGAAAGCAAAAAGCCGACAGCUCUAAGUGAGACGAUUUCACCAUCAUCGAAAACCGACAGUAGAGUUCACAUAUCCGGCCAAUCAAUGAAGUCGCUAACGGAAGAAACCACAUCACUCCAAAUAGAUUCAUCAACGCCAUCACCGCCAGUACAGCAGCCAUCAACCGGGGUGAGUGCGAUCGUUGCUGGCGCUAUAGGCGCAGGAUGCUUUGGAGUGGCCUGCCUGACCCUGCUAGUCAUCAUAACUCUUCGUUUCCAUCACCGUCAGAAUUCUUCCAAAACGACCACGCAAACAGGUGCUGUUAUGGAGAACACAGGACGUCAGGCGUCCACCAGGCGUGCGGAACUAACGGCAAACUCAGCAUACGGAGUCGGGUGCAGUACGAAUGCUGGCAACAGUGUGUGCACCACUGCGAUCUAUGAAGAGAUCAACACGGCCGCAGAAGAUUACGAAUCGGUGGAUUCGAAAACACACCAUACUUACAAUGAUGCCUGUGAGGUGCCAGCAACUAAAAAACAUGAACACGUAUACCUGACGAUGUACUGAUGUGACGGGCGUUUGAUUUUUAUAUCCUCUCACUGUCCAAUUAUGUUGCAUUAAUAGAGUUUUAACAAUCCCUAAACACAGUGCAUGCAAUUUUUUAAAUCCCAUCCUCUGUAUUAUCGAGUAGAUAAUGCCCAAAAUAUUUGUUCUGCAUGUGUGUUUAACCUUGCUUUAUUGCGCAUUCAGUCUUAUAGAUCAUGCGAGGGCUAGCUAAGCUUGCUUGGCUGUGAAAACGUGGAGACGCCUGCAACAAUUCAAUUAGAUUUUUGUCGAACAACACCGAUUGUAUAUGCAAUGCAAUUGAAGGAAUUCCAAUCGAGUGAGUCUAGUGCACCAACGCGCCAGGCACCCUUCAGUUCUAUCCCUGGCAAAACUUGGAUUUUCAUUCGCACACCACCCAAAGCUGACUGAAGUGAUUCAAUUUCAUUCUGCAGCAAUGUAGCACAGUGCUCAUUGACUCGGUGCAUAGAUAAAUUGUAGUAAGCUUAUUGGUCCUGUCUUGGACACCAUUCAGCAAUCAUAGUCACAAACCAGCCUCUUGAGCAUGUGAAAUAAACAAUUAACAGCGCUAACUCUAUCCUCUUUCCUCUCACAUGUCUCUUCUGGAUUUGCCAUUUGUCACAUACUUUCAUCACAUGCGUUAGUGCUGCACUUCAUAUACAUGAAGUUCAAUAAUGUGCUGUGACAAUUUCCCCGUUAUGUUUUGCUUGUUCUCAUUUGGCCACUUUAACUCACUGGUUGACUGACUAGAGUACUCACUAAA